CUGAGUCGAGAAAGCUCUGGGUCUGUCACCAGUAUCGGGGAUUAUCGCGGGCCCGUUUGAUCGUCUGUAUUUGAACUGCACCACUGCGGACUGACUUUUGCCUGGUUUGGAAAUUCCGCGCAGGACGGCAAAAGCGCCCCAUCUGAACGGAUCUGCCUGCCUCACUCAGAGAGGUAAUUCCUGUAAUUGGAUCAAUGGACAUAAUGCUGAGCCACAUCAUCUAAUUACAUCGCCGAAGACCUGCUCUCACAGGCCCGAUAAAUCGCCCUGCAUUAACCGUGGGACAAACAACUUCAGCUGAAUUAAGGUCGAUUCAUUUCAUGUUUUGCUGCAGGCCUGACUUAUGUUCACGCUGUCUCCGUGAUCCUGCCUCCUGCUCCGCUCGCUGCACAGGAUAUUAUUUCUCCGUUUAGUUUCGUUACCAUGGCAGGAAGGGAAGGUGCCCGAGUGCUUCGUAUCCUCUAGCCGGACUUCAGCUUUUCGUUUUUUUUUUAUUUCUUUUUACUAUAAAGUGCAUUAAUCAGUUUGAAUAAGUUGAUGGAGAUCUGCUAAUCCGCGUUCUGGGACGAAGGCAGCACUGCUCUCCUGCGUCGAGCUCCCAAGGCCACUGUACAGGCAGAGUACCUGGACAGGGGCAUUACUAACCCCUAACAUUUCACCACGCCUUAGUUUGACCGAAAGCCGCCAUCAUUCCGUGCUGCAAGGGCGACCCCAAAAUGUCUUCCAACGGGGAUCUGCAAGACGUUGGGAGCUACGGCAGCUUUUGGGAGCCGGGGAACUACAAGAGGACAGUGAAGCGCAUUGACGACGGCCACAAGCUAUGCAAUGAGCUGGUCAGCUGCUUCCAGGAGCGCGCCAAGAUCGAGAAGGCCUAUUCCCAGCAGCUGAAUGACUGGGCCAAAAAAUGGAGAGGCGUGGUGGAGAAAGGCCCGCAGUACGGCACCCUGGAGAAGGCCUGGCACGCAUUUAUGAACGCGGCAGACAGGCUGAGUGAGAUUCACAUGGAGCUGAAGGAGAAACUGAUCGUGGAGGACAGCGAGAAGAUCCGCAACUGGCAGAAGGAUGCCUUUCACAAGCAGAUGAUCGGAGGCUUUAGGGAGACCAAAGACGCAGACGAGGGAUUCCGCAAGGCCCAGAAACCCUGGGUCCGAAAACUUAAAGAGGUGGAGUCCUCUAAGAAGAGCUACCACCAGGCCCGUAAGGAGGAGCGGACGGCAGUGACCCGUGAGACCCACGCCAAGGCCGACCCCACCAAAUCCCAGGAGGAAGUGCGCAAGUUCACAGAGCGAGUGGAGAAAUGCAACCAGGAGGCAGAAAAGGCAAAGGAGCGAUAUGAGAAAGCUCUGGAGGAGCUGAACCGCUGCAACCCACGCUACAUGGAGGACAUGGAGCAGGUGUUUGAGAUCACCCAGGAGGCUGAGAAGAAGCGGCUAUGUUUCUUCAAAGAGGUGAUGCUGGACAUCCACCAGCACCUGGACCUGUCCAGCAGUGAUGGGUUUAAGGCCUUAUACCGUGACCUGAGCCAGAGCAUCAAUGCAGCCAAUGAUACCGAGGAUCUGCGAUGGUGGAGGAAUACGCAUGGACCUGGCAUGAGCAUGAACUGGCCACAGUUUGAGGAAUGGUCUCCGGAGGCUACCCGCUCCAUCAGCCGCAAAGAGAGGAACAGCCGCGCCGAUGACGUGGUCACCCUGACCAACAUCGUCUCUGCUGGACAGGAAGCUCCUCAGACCCCACAAGACACCACCCGGUGGCGCGAAGGGGACGGCCAUUACGAGAGCCUCACUGACUUAUCCCAGAGAACAGGUGCUAAAGACUACUCCUCGGACUGGUCUGAUGAGGAGAGCCCCAAGAAGUACAUCGCUGCGAACGGCGUGGAGGUGGAGGAGGAGGAAGAGAAGGUAGCGGGUGUGCGCGUUAGAGCACUGUAUGAUUACACUGGCCAAGAGUCUGAUGAGCUGAGCUUUAAAGCAGGUGAAGAGCUGAUGAAGCUGGGCGAGGAGGACGAGCAGGGCUGGUGCAAGGGGCAGCUGGACAGCGGAGAGGUGGGCCUCUACCCUGCUAACUACGUCCAAGUCAUCGCAUCCUGAUGACCCGCCCCGCCCCGGGCGAGACCCACCAAACUAAACGAAAAACACUGAACUGCGGCAGCAGCGGCCGCAACUCGGCCGUGAAACACGAAGCUACGGAAGAGGCCGACCUGCCGACCAUCGCCACAUCAUAAACAAAUAAAGAAUCUUUUCUUUAUUGACAGGCUAGAGAAUUUAGCAUCAUGCUGCUGUAUAUUGCCCUGAUCCUUCGGCUUUGUCAGAGACGUUACCAGUACAGUGCCUUUGUGGGAAGACGCCAGGGACAGAACUAGCUCACAGCUGCAGUCAUCACCAGAAGCACAGUAGAAAACUGACAACGGACUUUUAGAUUUCUCUGAAGGGAUCUUCACGGAGAGAACAUGGGCCUCCAUCCUCAGUCAUAAUCAGUUACUUAUGACGCUUCUCUCCUGUACAGUCCUCUUCGUCGUCUUCUUUCAUCAGAUUUUCAGUUACGCCGCAGAUCAUUUCAAGUAUUUAUUUUGACCAGUUUUCUUUGUAUUCACGUUUGAGUCUUUCACAGGCGUAUGUUGGCGUGUACAUAUCCCUUUUCUUGACCUUGUUUAGUAGUCGAGGACAAUUAGGCCAAACUUGAAUGACUUUCUUUGACUGGUGAUGCGCGUAGAUGCUGGUUGUAGGUCAGAAAAACAAUAUAAUUAUAGGAUUUUCUGAUACAGCUCAGAAAGCAUACACAGUUUUCUAAUCUUUCAUUGAGUGAAGGUUUUGUUUUGUUACGUAAUACAGAGUUGUACAAUACAAGAAAUGUAAGGAUCGAAAUGGGUAGAGGUUCUUUUUCAAUUUCACGUCUUCAGGACUAUUUUUUUGGAAAGGGGAUUUGAAAAAUCGAGUAGUUUUAGUUACAUUUUUAAAUUUCUUUUCUGGUUUUACUUGGAGAACAGCUUAUUUUUUCAGCCAAGCUUAACCGACUAAAGAGAAAAAACUAGUGGCUUAUUUGUGGUUAUCUGAGCAGGGGAUGUCUGUGUGUGUGUGUGUUUAUCUGUGUUUGUCUGCCUGCACAAACUGUGUGAGAGUGCGUCAGAAGAUUGAUUUCAUCUCCGUGUAAGAAGAAUUAUUCUGGACUUCACAUCCACGUGCACAGCUCUGAACAUGGAUUUACCUUAAACUACUGUAACAAUCUAUACUAAUCAAUGUAAAAAUCCAAAUAAACACAAAAGAAUCAGUUA